CAGCACCACAAUAUGCAGCUGGACUCCAGACUCUCUCUGGCGGCUGUCAGCCUCGGCAGCCUCGCCGCGGUGCGGGCUGCUCCCACCGUGUUCCAGCGAGAUACCCCAGGAGCCUUUCUUGAUCUCUGCAGCGACAUAAGUUUCAUGAACGGCUGGCUAGUGGGAACGUGUUCUUCUGAUAAUGGAACCUCCAUCACUAGUAGUGUCUGGCUGUCUUCUCUGAUCGAGCUGGAUGACAACACCCUCGUGUGGGCAGAAAAUGGCAACUACUAUGCUUCAUGUGUAAACGGAGCGUCUGGCUAUAUCGACAACUCCACCCUCGUGUCCCAGUGCGUGCUGGAAGCAGCGAAUAUCUCUAUUGACCUGGCGGAACACGUGUUCGUCUACGACGGCUUCCUCCUCUCAGACCUAGCAGGAACCCCAACAGGCCCAACAGUCUCGUCCAGCACAAUCAGCGUGCCCACCUCCAGCAAUCACUUCGCCUACCAGAUCUACUUCUUCAACAAACUCCUCUCCCGUUACUGCUCGGAUUUCGGCACCGAGGACGCGGCUUUUGGCGUCGAGUUGUACGCGGCCGGCCCGCAGGACUGCCACAGCUUCCCGCUGGCCGACUGGGUAACGUCCAACGGCUGGUACGCGGAACCGCCGCCGUUUGUGGCUGUGGUGGACUACCUGAACUAUGGCUGGCAGGUGUCG